GGCUCGUGUUGAAGCAAGAGUGUCACGAUGUAUGGGGGGAAAGGUUACUAUGGCGGUCGAGGCCAAGAGCCCAGAGGAGUCUUCUCCCGUGAUCGGGGCGACGGCGCAGUGAGCGACCGAGGUCCACAUCAGAACGACAGAGGCCCUCAUCCCAAUGAUCGGGGAGCGAGGCCUGGGGACCGUCCCGAUCGAGGCACGCUUCCUGAUAGAGGUCCACGCCCAGGCGACCGAGGUCCAAUCAGGGAACGGUCUCGUUCUGGCGACCGGUAUCGGCGGCCGCCUGACAGACUGGAACGGCCGGGAGGCUACCGAGAAGCUGGCCGACCAUGGGACACCCGGGAACGCCCGGGCGAGCGCCCUCACGAGCGUGGCGCAGCAGUGCCACCCCCAGCAUCCAUGGCAGUGCCAAGCGGAGGCCCUGCCAGGGCGGAGCCGAGCAUCUACGUCUCUGGCUGCAGCAAUGAGACUGUUUCGAACAUCAUUCAAGGCACGUACACUACAACAGAAACCAACCAUGGAAAACCGAUCUACAAGAAGGAUGGGCCUAACAGCGUGACCGUUCUCAUAUAUUAUUGGGACAGUCGCGAUGGAGCAUCCUUCAAUGGUUGGUGGUUUGGCCCAAAAGUGGGCGGCGACCAAGUUUGGGCGUACAAUGCAGGUCAUCCGAGAGACAACGGAAUGCCACCGCCCUCCAAUUGGAAGGUACCGUGGGACGGGAAAGUGGAUGAUCGGUUGAGAAUAACGAUCGGAGGCGGGGUGGACCGCCGGGAGGAGGAGCGACGCCAGGAAAGGCAGAGACAGGAGAAAAGGCGAAGGGAAGAGGAAGAGGAACGUCGUAGAGAAGAAGCGAGACGCCGACGUCAAAAGGAGGAGGAGCAGGCACGCCGUGAGGCUGAGGCUCGCCAGCAGGAGGCUGCUGCAAACAACGUGAGGAAAGUCUUGAAGAAGCUACGUACUGCAACUCCUGACAACCUGAAAGAGUUGCAGGCGGAGCUGGAUCGAGCGGCUUCCUCAAAUUUUCAGGCCAUGGGCCACUUGCGUGACAGUGUGAAUGAUGAGAUGCAGAACACCUUGACGCAGGUGCAGAAGCGUAUCGCAGAAGAGCUGAAGCAGCGGGAGGAAGCGCAGCGGCGACGGCAGCUAGAGCUGGCAAGGGUGGAGAAUUUGGUGAAAGAAGCUGCAGUGGAAGUCGAUUCGGCAGAGGCGCGGGUGGCGGAGGCGUCCGCCAGCACCACAGCAGUGACAGCUGGUGGCAGUGCUUCACCUGCUGAAGUCCUGGAGACUGUUGCCGUGGCCAUCAAGGAUCUGGAUGAAGCAAAAGGUUCCCUGGAUAGGUCAGAGAAAGUUCUUAUUGCAAAGAAAGAGCAGAUGGGUGCUGGUGAAGGUGCUCGACAUGUGAAAAAGGAGGUGGAUGAGCUAGCGAAGCGGAUUCAAACAUUCAAAGACACAGUAAGCAAGCACACAAAGACUCUUGAAGAUGCUCGAAGCCGUGGUUUGCGCAGAGCAGCCGCAGAGAAGCAGGAGCAGGCAUGGAAGAACAGCUUCUCAAGGCACGAUGCCGACGGCGACGGUUGCCUGAACCGUGGCGAGGUGGAGGCAUUUGGAAAGCAUGAGUUUGAAAUUGCACUGUCAGAAGACCUUUUAGACCAAAUCAUGAGAGUCUUGCAGCCCAUCACUUUCGAGAAGUUUUUGCCACUGCGACAAAAGGUUGGAAUUGCUAAGUUUGAAGCAGAGGCUCGCUUAAGGCGAGAGAAGGUAGCUCAGCAACAGGAAGAGGGGAUGGGCGAAACUGCCAACGGCGAUGAUGGUGACGUCGAGCUCGUUUCGGAGAAGGUGGAGAAAGUCCAUGACAUCGAGGUGGAGGAUGGAACCAAUGACGAGGCCGAGGACUUGGACAAAAAAGAGUACAUACUAGACAAGGACAUGCCAGAGGUUGAGGAAAAAAUGGAGGAGGAUAAAGACGACGAGGCAGAGGGAAAGGAGAGGGAAACAGAUGAGGCACAGGCCGACGACAUGGACCAGAAAGAUAACAUUCCAGAAGAGAAGGAGGAGAAAGAGGCGGAGGAGAGAAUGGAUGAUGAUAAAGCCACCGAGGCAGAAGGAAAGGAGGAGGAAAAGACGGGCGAGGUCGAGGAAAUUGACAGAAAAGAAAGCCUUCCCGAAAAUGAGGAGGUCGAUGAGGGAGCGGGUGAUGACAAAGAGAACGAGGCAGAAGGAAAGGAGGAAAGGCAAAUGGAUGAGGCCGAUGGAAUGGACGAAAAAAUGGACGUUCCAGAGGACAAAGAGGGGGAGUGAGAUGUUUGCUCAUGCGAGACACAUGAGAGCCAAUCCGC